AUAUAGGUACAUAUUUUUAAACCAAUCAGUUUUUCAUUCAAUCUUCACUCAUUUCAAUAUUCGUAGCUAGUUCUGAGUUGACGUAAACUUUGUAAUCAAAAUAUAUUUUUUAAUAGUAGUAAUAAUUUCACAGUCACCAUGUCUACUGCUGUUAAAAAUAUUUUCAUCGUGGGUGCGAAGCGUACGCCGUUCGGGACUUUCGGUGGAGUGUUCCGUAACACUUCCGCCACAGAGCUGCAGACCAUCGCCACCACAGCCGCCCUCAAGGAGGCGGGAGUGGCGCCCGACCAGGUCGACUCCGUGGUCGUGGGACAGGUUAUGGCGGCCACGUCGACGGACGGUAUAUACUGCGCUCGUCACUCAUCCUUGCGCGCGGGCAUACCCCAGGACCGGCCCGCGCUGGCCGUCAACCGGCUCUGCGGCUCCGGCUUCCAGUCCAUCGUGAACAGUGCACAGGACAUUCUGUCGGGCGCGGCGGAUGUGUCCGUCGCUGGUGGUGUGGAGAAUAUGUCCCAGGCUCCGUUCGCGGUGAGGAAUGUCAGGUUCGGGGCUGUCUUGGGCAGUUCCUACGCCUUCGAGGACACUCUAUGGGCAGGACUCACAGACUCCUUCUGCAACAUGCCCAUGGGCAUGACUGCCGAAAAACUUGGAGCACAGUACGGAAUCACCAGAGACGAGGUUGAUAACUUCGCGCUGAAAUCACAACAGAAGUGGAAAACCGCGAACGAUGCGGGAGUGUUCAAGGCGGAGAUCGAACCUGUGACACUGACGAUCAAACGUAAAGAGGUCAAAGUUGACACUGACGAGCACCCUCGCCCGCAGACCACCCUCGAGGGUCUCAAGAAACUGCCGCCCGUCUUCAAGAAGGAGGGGCUGGUGACGGCCGGCACCGCCUCCGGUAUCAGUGACGGAGCCGGGGCCCUGGUGCUGGCCAGCGAACAGGCCGCCAAGAACCUGAAGCCCUUGGCUCGCCUGGUAGGAUGGUCUUACGUGGGAGUGGACCCUAGCAUCAUGGGGGUGGGACCCGUACCCGCCAUAGAAAACUUGCUUAAGGCCACCAAAUUAACCCUCAAAGACAUCGAUCUGGUCGAGAUCAACGAGGCUUUCGUGGCCCAGACUCUGUCCUGUGCGAAGGCUCUGAAGUUGGACUUAGAGAAACUCAACGUGAACGGAGGAGCCACCGCCCUCGGACACCCGCUGGCCGCGUCCGGCUCCAGGAUCACCGCUCACCUUGUACACGAGCUCCGUCGCCGCGGUCUGAAGCGCGCCAUCGGCUCGGCGUGUAUCGGCGGCGGGCAAGGCAUCGCUGUCAUGGUGGAAGCUGUUUGAACUUUAAUAUUGUGAUAACUCUCUGACGAUGCACCGGCUUUAUUAUCCUAACGUGCUGUGUUUAAAGUCAGUAAGCGUGUUUUGUUAUCUUUCCUAGUAUGAACACAUAUUUUCAAUCAAUACCUAGGUUGAUGUUGCAAUGUAAAUAAUUGUAUGUAAAGAAAAUGGAAAAUAUAUUUUGUACUAUAUGAUGUGCAAUGUUUAGAUUUUAUAAAAAAAUGUUUACUGAAGUUUUGUUUUCUGAAAUAUAUUUAUUUAAUACA